UGUUGUUGUUCCUCCUCCGCUCAGCGGGGCUCCGCCUCAGUGAUUUCCAGGCGGCUUCAGUCAGUGACGGACGGACGCACCGAUCAGACUUUCAUCGUUAAUCCUCCGGGAUGUCUUUCCUGGAGAAGCCGGCCCCCGGCAGGCUGCUGCUGGACGACACCGUGCCCCUGACGGCGGUGAUCGAAGCCAGCCAGAACCUGCAGUCACACACGGAGUACAUCAUCAGAGUCCAGAGGGGCGUGUCUUCAGACAACAGCUGGCAGGUGAUUCGCCGCUACAGUGACUUUGAUGUUCUCAACAGCAGCCUGAUGGUGUGCGGUAUCAGCCUCCCUCUUCCUCCUAAGAAGCUGAUCGGAAACAUGGACAGGGAGUUCAUAGCGGAGAGGCAGAGAGGACUGCAGACCUAUUUGGACUCUAUUACCCAGCAUCCCCUGCUUUCCAGCUCCCUGACUGUCAAGAAGUUCCUGGACCCCAACAACUACUGCGCCAACUACACAGAGAUCGCCCUGCAGCAGGUCUCCAUGUUCUUCAGGUCGGACCUGAAGUGGGAGGUCCUGGAGCCGCUCAGAGACAUCGGCUGGAGGAUCAGGAAGAAAUAUUUUUUAAUUAAAAACAAAGAGCAGCCCAAGGAGAGGUAUCUGCUGAGCUGGGUGGAUCUGGGUCCUGAUAAGUUCCUGUCUGACAAAGACCUGCAGUCGGCCAUGAAGCUGCUAACCAGCCUCUCUACUCCAUAUCUCUGUCCGCUGUUGUUCUCCAGCACCAGUGAGUCUUCAGCUCUGCUCAUCCGGCCGUUCAGUGAGAGAGGCUCUCUGAGAGACCACAUCUGUAAGGUGAAGACCAGAGAGAGUUACCUGAAGAAGUACUGCAACCCGAAGAAGAGCCAGGGCCUCGAACUGCCGCAGAUCAAACUGUACGGCCGCCAGAUCCUGGAGGGCCUGAAGCUCCUCCACGAUGGCUGCAUAUUUUACGGUCACCUGCACGCAUCCAACGUCAUUGUGGAUGACGGCGUGUGUCGACUGAUGGAUGUGGAGAACGGCAUGCUGGGAGUUCCGUCAGUGCUACGACCCAGCUUCACCCAGCUCAGGAAGAUCAACACAACAGAGAGCAUCGACGUCUUCUGCUUUGGACACUUAUUGUACGAGAUGACAUACGGCCGACCGCCAGACAGCGUUCCCAUUGAUCAGUACCCCACUGUCCCCUACACAGCUGUGGUGUCAGUGCUGCAGUCCAUUCUGUCCACAGAAGCCUGUAAGAGCGGGAUGCCGACAGUGUCGGAGCUCAUCCAGACACCGUUGUUCAGCGACGUCCAGCUCCAGCACUCUGAAAAACUCCAGAUCAAGGUUCCCAGCAGGUUAAAGGAGGCGCUGAAGACGGCAAAGGAGAGUCUGGAAAAGAGGCUGCAGGAGGAGCAGAGAGUGCUCCACCAGCACAGGAGGCUGACCAGAGCUCAGUCUCACCACGGCUCAGAGGAAGAGAAGAAGAGGAGGAAGAUUCUGGCGAGGAAGAAGUCCCGACAGUCAGCGUAUGAAAAUGAGGAAGACGUCUCUGUCAGAAACAACAAUAACUCUGGUUCUGGAGCCAGUUCCCCUCCCACAUGCCCCUCCUCCCCCACGCCCCCAUCCACCACAGGAGCCCAGACUACUCCUCCCCCUCCUCCGCCUCCUCCUCCACCCCCUCCUAUGCUGGACUCCUCAUCGUGUCCUCCUCCUCCUCCUCACUCCUCCUCUGAUGGAGCAGGGGAAGGUCGCACCGCCCUGCUGAGCUCCAUCCAGAACUUCAGUAAGGGCAAACUGAAGAAGGCCAAGACCACCGACCGCAGCAAGCCUGUCAUCUGACCCCGCCCACCGUCGCAACCCGUCCUCGACCUGGAAGCUGUCAUCACAGCGACAUGAUGACCCACUGGUUCUGCACUGUGGUCUGGACCGGUUCAUGUUGUCGCGCCUUCAGAUGUGAAAACAAAUCACUAACAAAAAAAAAAAAAAAAUCCAAGUACCGUUUUACUUUUUAUCCCUGUUUUUGCUUCUUCCUGCUUUAAAAUUUCUCUUCAGUUGCUGUGGUUACGGGGGGGGGGGGGACCUGCGUUUCUGGUCGACCUGCUGCUCCGGAGGUCGCCAGCGGCUCCAUUUCUGUUCUUUGGGCUCAUGAAAGUGGCGGUUGAACGUUUGGAAUUUGAAAUUCUGGAGAUGCUUAAUACCGCUGGAUGACAAACUUCAAUUUCAUGGAUCCGAAACUCUAAUGUCAGUGCUUUGACACUGUCACGGCGCUGUACGGUGCCCGAUCCAGAUCCCGCAGCAGUGGAGAAACUGGCCCAAACUCCUGCUUCCCCUCUUUGAAAUAAUCUCGGACCUUUGACAUGUAGCGUCCAGACUCUGCUGCUCUGUCACUGCAGGACAUCAGAUGGGGAACACCUCCAGAAAAUAAACAGAGCAGCAUUACAUUAAAGUGGUUUCUGUCUGUAAUUAAGCCCCAAAAACAUGAUUUCUUAAAACAAGUGAAAAAAAAUCUUCCAGUGCAUUGCGUCAUAUUUUAAAAGACAUCAACUUGAAAUGAGUGUCUGCAUCUUGAAACAAAAAAAAAAGAUCGCUGCAUUAGAAGCAAGAAAAAUUAAAAUUGAUCUUAGAAAAUGCUCAUAUUCAUUUACUUUGGAGACAAGACAAAAAUCUUAGAAAAAGUGCAGAUUAAUAUUCAUUUGUUUUUAAGAGAUCGAGACUCAAAUUACAGACAGAAAUGACUAAGUUAGUUAAAAUGAAGGGUGUUUGUUGCAGUGUGUUUGAAACUACACAAACCACAGUCAAGGUGAGAUCACACCUGCUGCUGAUUUAGUUUGGUCUCAACUAGUGGGAGACAUUAAUUUGACUUUGCUGCUUUUUGUGCGCAUUUAAUUCAUCAGUUAGAUUGGGACAGUGAGACGACAGUAGUUCAAGACAUUGGUCUCUUUCUCUUCUCGACCUGUGGUGUUCAUUCCAGUUACAAACACAAAGAAACAUCUGAAUUCUUCAGCCCGGCCUCCUCUAAAAAACGAAAUAGCUUUUUCAGACCAAAUGUGCAGGAGCCAACAGACUGCACGAGGUAGAGCGCAACAUGAAGAGCUGCAACAUGAUCCUACAAAACCAGUUAAUCACGACGCUACCAACUGCACUAGAUGCAUCUCGCUUGAGGUUUGCCUGGCGCCCUCUUCUUCUGCAGCGGUUUAAUGGCACUGUGCUGGAGAAUUAGCGCCACCGACUGUUUACAAUAGCUCAGUGCGUUCAACUCUUAAUAUUCACAUAAUGGUGAUGGAUGGAAAGGCACAUCAAUUCUCGUUUUCUCCUGCAGAUUUUCUAAAAGUUUUGUUGAAAUGAUCUCAACAUUUGGAUGGAAGUGUGGCCUGGAAGGACUGCAGAGUAACUGCAGGAAUUUAGAGAUGCACAAAUUUGACAAAUCCACCACCCAUCCACCAAGACGUGUGAUGUUCAAGCGUAGUUUAGUUGAGGUUUGGCUGCUAAACGCGGCAGUGGCAGAGCACAGCCGCUUUCUUCAUUGGAAAUAAGGCGAUGUCAGGCUUGCACUUCUGGUGUGAAAGCUUGUGUGUCGAGAGCGUUCAGCUCUUGAUUGUACUCAGGGUCUGAAAUUAAUCUGAAAUGACAUUAUUAACAAUAUGUCAAAUCACUUACACUUGAAAUCAGUGCUGAUCAUUUUCCAACCAAGGCAGCUGUUGGUUUCAGUUCAUUUCUAUGAAAAUCAACCUGCUGCAGAGAGAGAAUCAUCACAGUCUUUGUCAACAUUAUUCUGUAGUUAUUUAAAGUUGCAUGCAAGGACUUUUCACACACUCCACAGUGUGUGAGGAUUUUAUACUCUAACGAUGACCAGGACGCACACGUUUCAGUUCUUUGUGGAAAUCUAAUGUGGACUGUAGUUUGACCUUGAAUAACCUUGUAUUUAUCAUAAUUAUUGGUAAGAAUAAUGUUAAGUAUUUUUAAAAACAGAAAUAUCAACAUCAAGAUAAGAAACAAAAAAAGAAACCACAAAUAUAUGAUGAAAUAAAAAUUUGAUAAAAUAGUCCAUUAUCAUGUGACAAUAAUGUAACUGUAUAUAAAAUAAAAUAAACAAUAUCAGCAAAUAAAUUGAUCUCUCUGAAGCAAGUUUCACACCUUUCAUAGAAAUGACCUGCAGUCAGAGAAGUGGCGUCUGCCCUUCAGUCAAACCUGCAGACAUAGAAAAUAGUUAUUUUGACACCUGGUGUCUGUAACGUUUUUACCCUCCACAGAGCUUCGUUUAUCUUCAUUUGAGGGUUAAUUUCAGACCUUUAUUGUGGUGAUUCCUGAUAUUUUAAGUGUUUUUCUUCUGUUUUAAUUCUGUUGUAUUUUAAUGUUUGAUGUCACAGCUGAGAUUCUUUUAUUUUAUUGUGCCAUAUGGAUUUUUGUGCCUAUGGAAAUUUGAAUGUCUUUUUUUUCUUUUUGUAAAAAUAUUGCAUGGUGACAAUAUCAUACAUGAAGAUCAUUUGUCACCAGAUCAUCUGUAUGUAUGAAGCUCUGUCUGGUGAGCAGAUUAACACUUGAGCACACAGGAUGUUAUUAUGAGAGUUGAAGCAGAAGGGAGCCAUGUCCCUAAAUAUACAUAUAAUGAUUAUUUUCAUUAUUUCAUCUUUAAAAUAAUGAAAAUGUCUAUUACAGAUUUCCAGAGCAAACAAUAUAAUGGUAUAAAACAGAGAAAAGCAGCAAAAACUCACUUUUCUUUCAUAAUAAUAAUAAUAAUAAUUAAUGAUAAAGCACUUAUUAAAAUACAAAGGGAACAAAGUGCUUCACAGGACAAAAAAAAAACAAAAAACAGUAAGACGAAAGCAAUAAGAAAAUUACUUUAAGGACAUGAGAUCAAUAUAUAUAUAAAAUAUAUUUAGGUAGUAACGAGAGGAAGGGAAGAAAAUAAGAUAAAUAAUAAAAAUAUAUAAAACAGAACUUAACCAAAUUCUUGGUUUUGUAAAAGAAAAAAAAUGGACGAUACAACUCUGUCCAAUCGCCUGAGAGGAGAUCUUCUCCACAGGGUCCAUGAAGUAGCUCUUCUGGAGCUUUUGAUCGUAUCACGCAGUCUUCUUCAGCAGAUGGAGUUUUGCCCAGUUGUCAUGGAGUUACACAUGUUGUAAUUUCCAUUUUUAUUUGCUGUGAUACAAUCAAAAGCUCCUGAACAGCUACUAAAUGGACUUUGUUGUGAAACUUUCAGUCUCAAACGUGUGGUGUGUUCAAACUCCCAGUGAAACUGCAGUUUGAAGUAAAUAUCUUUCGUAUGAUGUAUCUAUCAUGAGACAGGUUUUGAUUUGAUCAAUUACAGGGACAGUCCAAUAUUUUGGGACACAGGCUCCUUCUCUUUCUGAUGUGGUGUAAGAUGAGAACAUGAAUAUCAAUCAUGUCUGUCCUUUGAAUAUGAAGCUGAAGUCAGCAGCCGGUUGUUUCAGCUAAGUGUAAAGACUGGAGGCAGAGCUCAGUGUGAAGAUAACUCAGUCCAACUACCAACUCUAAUAUUUAAAAAAUACAACUAAUUUUUGCAGAGAGUAAUCAAACAAGAUAUAAUGUGUUGCUUAGUGAUUUGGAGGUUGCUGGAGGGCAGACUUUAUUACCAUUGGAAAGAUCCAGACUGGCUGUUUCCCCCUGUUCCCUGUCUUUGUGCUAAGCUAAGCUAAGCUAAGCUAAGCUAAGAUAACCGGCUUCUGGCUAUAGCUUUAUAUUAACAGACAAAUAAGAGAGCAAUGUCAAUCUCAACAAUUUCCCAAAAUAUUAAAAUGUAUUCCUUUACUCACAUAAAAGUGGGUGUGGCUUCGUCUCUCAGUCACGCUCACGCGCGACCACGUGACACACGUGUGUGCUGAAGUGUUAGCCUGUGACAGAGCGGCUGUUCCUGCAGCCCGACGACCGAUCACCGCACACCAAGUUUUUAGCACCCGGAGCGUUUUUGUUUUAACUCUGCCGCUCCGUGCUGAAGUCAUUUGUUUUUAUUGUUCAGUGCAAUCCGGUCCAAUGCGAUGGUCUUCACGUCCUGAAUGGUCAUUAAAUUGUAUCAGAAUGUUUCUCUGCAGCACUUUACCCAUGAGAGGUGGGAGACAAGUCCAGAGGUGUGUUUGUGUUUAUGAAAACAAUCUGCAGACCCACACACGGCGCUGGAUCACAACUACAUUGGUAUGAAAAAAACAACAGCACCACUCUCCAGUGCGCGGGUCGUUCACAGCGGCCCGCGCGCAUUAUACUAGAUGCAUCAGAUGUCUCCAAGUUUGGUCCGACUGUCAUCUUCAGAUAGAAAGAGUUUUGCAGCUGUAAAAUCAUCUUCCUCAUUAUCAGUAUUGAAAUAACUGCAGCAAGCCUGCUGUGGUGAAAUGACAACUGUAACAACUGAGUGAACAUUUGAUUAAAAAUGGUUCAGGAAAACUGCGA